AUCAACCGAUCACAAUCAAAGUUAAAUCUCUACUUCUCUUCAUUUGGGUGGAUUCAGGUGAUUUGGAUUCGCAACUUUGGGGUUUCUAAAGAUCCAACCUUCCGAUCAGAACUACAUUAAUUUAGUUGAUGGUCUCAUAAGCAUAUUUCACUCAGUCCAUAUACGUACAAGGAAUACCAAGUUUAGCUGUUUUCGAUGGAAGUUAAAAACGUACAUUCAUUUAGAAUCUCAUAAUUUGGUCAUUAAGUAUGUAUAAAUCAGAAUAUAUGCACACAGAAAAACGAUGAAGGUUGUAAGGGGAUUAUAUUGGUAUCUCUGAAGAGUAAAAUGGGUGUUUUUUAAUAGUUAGCUGGUUAGUUCUUUCAUUUUUCUGCUCUUUAGAUGAAGUGGAGCAACAAACUAUUGGAGCAGGUACAGCAAUUCCUGCAUCCAUGAUUCAGCAGUUUCCUCUUCCCUCCCUGAUUGUGUCCUUCGCCUCAGAACCUUAGAGCAGUUUGUGAGUCAUGAUAAACUGCAAUGGAUGGCGUCGAUUUCUGUUUUGUCUUCCUCUCAUAUUCUUCCUUCCUUACCUAUUUUCAGUUAUGGAAUUGCACCAGAGCUUGCCACACAAGUCUCACAAGGAAAAGUUUGACCACCUAGUUCUGGGCCCUGCUGCUGGUCAGGGUUUACGUGAUCGAUUGCAAUGUCAAGACCGUAAAGCUUUAAACAAGGACCAGUUUUCAGCCCUGCCACAAAUACCGAAUUCGGAGGACGCCGUCUCUAUUGUAACUGUCUUUACUAUUUACAACACCUCUGCGGCGGAGAAAUCAUCAAAGUUGGUAACUGUUGGGGAAACUUCAUACACUAAAAUGGAAAGAUCACUGGCUAUUCUGGAUGUCUUUAUUAACUUCAUAAAGGUGUCAAUGCCCCAGAGCAACAUAGUCAUUCUCACUGAUCCAGCUUCAGAUCUUUCAAUGCACAGAAAUAAUGUUAAUGUAGUUCCUAUUGCAGGUGAAUAUUCGCGAGACAAGUUGAUGCUUCAAAGAAUCAAAUCUUACAUUGCUUUUCUAGAAAUGAAGCUUGAGGAGCACUCCCGCAAGCAAGAAUAUAAUCAUCAUUACAUCUUCACAGACUCCGAUAUAUCAGUUGUUGAUGAUUUAGGCCAGAUAUUUCAAAACUAUCCAAAGUUUCAUCUCGCUCUAACUUUUCGGAACAACAAGGAGCAACCUCUAAAUUCAGGUUUUAUAGCAGUGAGGGGAACACACGAUGGAAUUCUUAGGGCCAAAGUCUUUCUAAAAGAAGUUCUGGAAAUAUACAGCUCCAAAUACAUGGAAGCUUCACGAAUGCUAGGAGACCAAAAAGCCUUGGCUUGGAUUGUAAUGUCUCAUCCUUCAUUUGAUGCGAAAAGAUUUACUAGACCACAACCUUUUAUGGACGAAAUUCGCGGAGCAUCAGUUCUCUUCUUACCAUGUGCGAUUUAUAAUUGGACACCCCCAGAGGGAGCAGGGCAGUUUCAUGGCAUGCCCUUGGAUGUUAAGGUUGUUCAUUUCAAGGGAUCAAGAAAAAGACUAAUGCUGGAGUCCUGGAACUUUUACAAUUCCUCUCCCUCUCCUAGCAUCCCUGAUAUGCUGUGUCUUAUUUUAAUGAGUGGGAGAACUAAAUAUGAUUUCUGAUUGUUUAAUGGUUUCUUUUGCUCACUGGUGUUUCUUGUAAUACUAAGUUUUGUGCGAGUAUCUGUUAAAAUUAUAUAGAAAAAGUCUUUGCAAUUUCA